UCAAACUGAUGCCGUUCUGUAUUACGCGCGUGAUUAUUGUGAGCUUAGCAGCACAUCCGUUACAAAACGGGGAUACCUCGACAUGGGGAGCACUUCUGAAAAAUUCUCGGGCUCAGAUUUUGCACUGGACUAGGACGGUGGCAGUAUGAUGACAUUUAAAGAUGACUGGCACUCUGGAAGGACGAUCUUCAGUUUGAGCUUAGUGUUCUUCCACGUCCUGGUAACACACAGUAUCAUUAAGCCUUGCCACUGUUCAACCCUUGGGCCUGCUGGACUGGUAGUUGACUGCAGCGCUUUAAACCUUGUGGAGGUGCCUAAUCUGCCCUCCGACACCACAGAGCUCCAUUUGCAGAACAACCGGCUCACCUCGGUGUCUCCAGGCCUGUUUGACAGAUUUACUGGGUUGAACAAGGUUUCCCUGUCCAAGAACCCUUUCCACUGUGAUUGUCAAAUUCACUACCUGAGGAACUGGUUGCUGAAGAACAAGGCUAUUGUUUUGAAGGAACCAGUUUGCUUCAGUCCAAGCUCUGUGGCUAACAAAGCCAUCACUGAACUUAGUGACGACUACUUUUCUCACUGCGCUGUUGCAAACUGCACUAACGGGAUAUACAACAUCAUAAUAGGAGUAGCGCUAUGCUGCCUCAUUGUUCUGCUUCUGUGGAGCUUGAGUUUGGCCAGAAAUUCCAAUUUCACUCUGGAUAUAGAUGAGAGACACUCAGGAUUCGAGGCCGACUCCCUACGUUCACUGAAGCCCAAACACAGGAAGAGACUGCACACUGGACUAUCAGAGGUCAGUGUCGACUCAGAGUCUCUCGGUGAUACGGAGGAUCUAGAAAGGCCGCUUGUCAACAUGGAGUUACUGCCACAAGUUUUGGAUGCGUUGCACAAGAAGCACAAUAUAAAGAUAAAGGCUACCUGAGUGACCUUGGUCCACUAGAGUUACUCUUAAAGAUUAAAGGGUACCCUAUAGUGAUGUGUCGGUCGCGAACGAAACGGCUCUUAGAGCCGGAACUUUGAAGUGAACGACGCUAGCCGGCUCCGUGGGUUUUUGGUUUUUGUUUUUUUUCUUUCUCUCACCCUCUCUCUCACACUUUUUUCCGCUUCACUCCGCAUGCGAGCCUUGUGCUUUGCGCUGGGCAGAGGGGGGAGGGGCAGUAGUUACACUUGCAGUAGCACAGGAACAGAGCAGGAGGGAGAGGGAGAGAAAGAGAGCCAGGGACAACAACGUCACAUUAGAAAGGUAUAGUAAUCAUCCACAACUAUUUUCAGUUGCGGAUGAUAAAGGAUUCAGAAAGUUUAUUCAUGCAGGCCCAUAUGACAGAGAAUGUGCAUCUUCUUUUUGUUUUCAUAUUUUUUCAUAUUUAUAUUUAAUUGUGUUGUGGUUUGCAGUGUUUUGUGUUGUUUCACUUUAAAUUUGUUUAAAAGGAAAAAGCUGAAAAUUUAAAUAGUUAAAAGUUGAAAUGUGAAUAGUUGGUUUUUGUAUUAUAUGAUUUAUUUAUUACAUUUUAUGUGGAGUGAAUAAAUAAAAGUAUAUUUACGGUGGCCCCUAGAGACAAAGCACGUACAAACUCCAAAACACGUAAAAACUCCGAAGCACGUACAAACUCCAAAACACGUACAAAAGACAACAGAAGUGCUCCUGAAUGCUAGGCGCAGUGUUGAGCUUUUGUUACCUAGUGGCUACACAAGCCAGGAAGUACCAACAACCGGAUUUGGUGUGUGGUGGUAACAGGUAAAUGAACAUUUUUUUUUUUAAAUUAUUUGAAUAUAUAUGAGUGCUUGUGUAUAAAUACACAAACAAUACACAAAUGCUUUCAAUUGUGUAAUUUAAGUGAUCUAGGUAGCUCUGUUUUGGAAGUUCAGUUAACGCUAGAAAUGUGUUUUGGAGUUUGUACGUGCUUUUUGGAGUUUGUACGUGCUUUGUCUCUAGGGGCCACCACAUAUAUUUAUAUAUAAACAUAUAUAAAUAGAACCACUUUUUUUUUUACAUUAGUAAUUCCUUUUGUGCAUAAUUUUAUAUUAUUGUCAAUAAUAAAUUAAUUAAAGCAACAAAACAACCUGAAGAGCCGGUUUGGAGCCGAAAGAGCCAGCUCUUUUUAGUGAGCCGAGCCGAAAGAUCCGGUUCUCUAAAAAGAGCCGGAAAUCCCAUCACUAGUACCCUAUCCUGGCUUUUUUAAAUAAAAUGCACGUAAUAGUAGCCAUUGGCUUGCUUGCCUUAAUCAUUUUUUUUUAAUAAAUAAAAAUCCCCUGCUGGUAA